GAACGUUAGACUGGAACAAGCCGAUUUGCCCGAGAAUUCGCCCCUGGCCGCGGUCUGUCGAUUUGGGUCGUGGCAUUGGAGCGCCUAUUCUUGUCCGUGUUCCAAAAUGCAGAGGCCUGUCGGUCAUGAAUUUGCCUCUGCCCGAUCCAAAUCAACGAAGGGUUGAAGGAAUAGCGAGUGAUUGAAACGGGAGACUGAGCUUUGUUCUCCUCUGUUUUGGUCAGUUCACGCUGGGGGAGUCGCGUUUAUGGAAUCGGAGGUGGUGCUCUAAUCUGACGAUAAUUUGGUGGGAUGGCUCCGUCUAAGGAAAUGGCGUUGAUGGGCUCAGAGCCCAGCGGCACGGUGGGGUCUGUUUCAGCGCAGGAGAUGUUGAGUGUUAUGCAGGAAGUAACGAGGCUUGGACUGACUCGUCGUGAGCCUGCUCUUGUGUGGGGGGUCGAUGUCUCGUCAUCUGGAGCUUCGUUUCCCAGUGUAGAGCUGGGAGCCGUGCUUCUCAGCCAAUGCUUAGCCUCAGAACCGCGGGGGCUCGCCUGGUUGUAUUUGCAGCAUGCACUGUCUGCAAAUCUCGUGUGUCCUCUUUUGACCUUGGCUCUUCUCACCUCUAGAGUGAUACCUAUUCGUCAGCAGCAGCCAGAAAUGUUCCAAACGUACUUGGAGCUGUCGAGCACUUACAUAUUUUGUCUUGCUGCAACCAAGUCACCUUCAUUCCGCGAAAGGUGUGUCAAGUAUGUAGACGAUGUACUUCAGCUAUCGCAAAUGGGAGAGGCACCUGUAACAGAGUUUGGGACAUGCAUAGCGUACUUCCUCUUUUCCUUAGUAAAUCGUUUGACUGAAUCAGUGUUUGAGGACUGGAGCAGCCCUCCCACCUGGAAUGAGAAACAGAAGGGUCCUGGCUCUGGCAUGCAUGGUCAAAUUUCACACGCUGGUAGCAACGAUAUGGAAGAUGAUACGGACGAGAAGAGAAGAGAGGAAAAGGAGCAGCUAAGAAGGAGCAAUAGCCUUCUUGCUUUAGAACUUGUCGCCAAGGUCAUGCAAAACAAGAGGACAGCUGCAUUGCUUCGCCUUGCUCGAAGGAUCUUGCCAGAGCAGUGGAGCUCUUUUGCGAGGUGUCUACACAAUCUAGAAGCCCUUACUUUAAAUCCAAUAUCCUCGUCUCCAAAGGAAGCACCCGAUGCUCUUGCAAACUUAGCUAAUGCAAUCACGCAGGGGCUGCACCGAGAAUGGAAGCCAACGCAGCUACCUGUCAUCCAAGCGAUGUUGGACAGUGGAUCUCGAAGUGCCUCUUUUGGAAACACAUGGGGAAUUGGGUGCACAAGUCCCUGGCUACCGUUUGACGUAUACAUGGAAAGCGCGAUGGAGAAGCAAAGGCUUCAAGUUGUUUCUCCCUCAGAAUAUUUAGCAGACUUGAUGAAAGCACUACAAGCAGUUCACGGAGCAACAUGGCAUGAAGUUUUCCUUGGCUUGUGGACAGCCGCGCUUCGCCUCACGCAUCGGGAUCGAGAGUGGGUGGAGGGUCCAAAACCACAUAUCGAGUCCCGCCUAUGCAUGUUGUUGUCUCUCGUACCGCUCGCAUGUGUCAUAGUUAUUGAUGAGGAAGAGAAAGCCAUGUCUUCGUCCGGUGGAAACUCGAGAGGUGAUAUCAUAUCCACAUCCAACGGAGAUGAAAAAGAUAAGUCAAGACAGGGCACCCGGCGAGCGGCUCUCGCUUCAAGCUUGCAAGCCUUGGGUCAAUUUGAAGCCUUGCUCUAUACACCACAGAUUGCUGUCGCUGCUGCAAAUCAAGCUGCACAGUCGAUAGCAUCAAUCCUGGCGAAUGUGAACGCAAGUUCUAUGUUAUCAAGUGAAAACAAUACUAUGCCUAAGUCAGCAGUUGGAAACAUGAGACACUUAAUUGUGGAGGCUUGUAUUUCAAGAGGAUUACUUGAUAGUACAGCCUAUCUCUGGAUCAGUUCAACUGGUAUGUCGGGAAAUAAUAUGACGGCCGCACCCACAACCCCUCAAAUUUCUCCCUGGUCUGCAUUCAUGGAGGGUGCUCCUAUAUCUGGUUCAUUACAAGCUGCUCUGUUGUCGAGCCCAGCUGAGAGUUUAGCAGAACUCGAGAAAGUGUUCCAAACUGCGAUCAGUGGACCCGAGGAAGAACGAGCAGCAGCAGCUAGUAUUUUAUGUGGAGCAUCACUCACUCGCAGCUGGAAUGUUCAGGAGCACGCAGUCCGCUUGGCUGUAAGGCUCUUAUCUCCCCCUUCCGGUCCUGAUAACCGGGGCACUGGGAGCCACCUAAUUGCGUAUGCGCCCAUGCUUGGAGCAGCUCUUGAUGGAAUGACUUCAGUAGAUUCUGUGAACAUAUUGGCUCUGUAUGGAAUGUUUCCAGAGCUUGCAGCCUCACUGCUCCCUAUAUGCGAGGUGUUUGGCUCUUUGCCUCCUGUUGUUCCGCGUCCUUCGGGUACAGGAGAAGAUAUUAAUGUAUACAAAGUUUUCUCUUUGGCAUUUUUGCUCCUGAUUAGACUCUGGAAAUUUCAUCGACCACCUCUGGAGCAUUGCCUACUUGGUAGCGGGGCAGGUUUGGGUGCAGAUCUGAGUCUGGAAUACCUACUACAAAUACGUGGAAUUCAGUGUUCAAUGGCCAAUAGUGCAGAUAAGGGUAAGAAGGAUACUCUUGUGGAGCAGAUGCACAAUAAAAGAAUGUCACCUCUAAGUCCUUCCUUUUCUCAUUCCAUGUCAUCGAUAAGGAGUCCGAUGCCCUCUACACCUACUCCCUUAUCUCAAAAUGUUACUCUGGAUUCAUUUCCGAAACUCAAGGCUUGGUACACCCAACAUCAGGCCUGCAUUGCGUCUACGUUGUCGGGUCUGGUACGAGGUAAUCCAGUGCACCAGGUUGCAGACCGGCUUUUGAAUCUUAUGUUUAAGAAGUUCAGCAAAUCUACAUCUAGUAACAGUUCCAGUAAUUCUGGAGGACACGGAGGGGACGAAAGACCAGCUCUAGCACCUUGGGAUGUUAUAGCUGCCGUACCGUUUGUAGUCGACGAAGUACUCACCGCUUGCUCUCAUGGAAGAUUGUCUCCCCGAGAUUUGACCACAGGACUAAGAGAAAUGGUGGACUUUCUGCCAGCAACGGUCGCGUCUUUCGUAAGUUGUUGUGGUGCUGAAGUCACUCGUGGAUUAUACAAAGCUGCGUCAAUGAAUGGAAAUGAUUGGCCGAGUCCCGCUGCCAAUCUCUUUGCAGUGGAAGCUGAGAUUCAGGACAUCCUCGCAAGCGCUGGAGUCAAUAUUCCGGGCUUAGUUACAGGAACUGUGGGUGGUAAUGCACCUGCUUCAUUACCACUACCGAUUGCAGCCUUAGUGAGUUUGACUAUCACCUUCAAGCUAGAUAAACAAUCAGAGAUGGUUUUAGGUGUUGCCGGGCCUGCACUGGAGACAGCAGGUGCAGGUGGGCCUUGGCCAUCAAUGGCAGUAGUGGCAGCUUUGUGGACACAGAAGAUGCGCCGCUGGCAUGACUUCAUUGUGUUCAAUGCGUCGAGGGCUGUUUUCAAGCAAAAUAAGCAAGCCGUCUCGCAGCUUCUUCGUAGUUGCUUCUCCGUUACCUUGUGCUCUUCAUCUGCAUUAACAUCUAAAUUACAGGGCCAUGGCGGUGUAGGAGCUUUGUUGGGCCAUGGUCACUGGUUGCCUGCUUCUCCGGGGUUAUCUUCACUUGCGCCAGGCAUGCUAUACCUGAGAUCUUUCCCGACUCUUCAUGACAUUAUGUUUGUUAGUGAUGAGAUUCUUGCGCUCGUAGCUGAAUCAAGUAGAGACUUUGCAAUGCAAGGCAAAACGGAUCCAGAUCUAGAAACAAUCUCCUCCACUGCUGCAAAGCUCAAAUGUGUCCAUCCUUCGUUAAGUACAGCCGUAGCUAGGGCUUGUCAGGCAUCGGCUUUGGGGGCUUCUAUUGUAACCACUUCAGGCGGCGCGACGCUCGUACAAAAGUUAUAUUUGGAGAGUCUCCCCACUUGGCUUUUGUCUGGUCCCGAUGCUAACAGUGAGUCUAAGGGUACAAUCUUAGAGGGCUAUGCGGUUGCCCGCUUUGUUCUACUCUCUGGAGCAUUAGCUUGGGGUAUCUCGUCUUCGAAAACCUUCCCUUCUUCCUUUUCUGUCUUUGGUGUAAGAUCGGGAAUACCCGCGGGAGUACCUUCUGAUAUGUGUAGACAACACGUUCUGGGCUCACAUUUGGAAUUCAUAGCAAGUGGAUUGGACGGAAAAAUCUCAAUCAGGUGCAAGCAGAUCACCUGGAAGGCAUACGUCAUCGGAUUUGUGGCGUUGAUGGUUACCUGCACACCUAACUGGAUAGCAGAUGUGAAGACCGAAACCCUUCGGCGACUUGCAACAGGACUCAGGUGGUGGCAACAACACGAACUAGCGUUUGCGCUUCUGGAGCGUGGAGACUCCGCAGCAGUUGGUGCAGCUGCUGAGCUUGCAAUGGCUUAGGCUUACAGGCCACGCUGAAACGUCCGGAAACGCCUUUUGAGGCAUUCAGAAUAUCGAUGUGCAAGAUCAGGGAUGAGGCUUCUUUCUUUACAUUGCAGAUUGAGGAACUGCAGGUAAUGACUUGCAGCUUUCAUUUGCACUUUGAGUCCCUGAAGUUGAUGUUAGAAGUUACAACUCCGAGGUUAGUAGUUCUCGCGAUACAUUGUUAAUGACUGGCUGUGGAAACAUUUACCUUAUUGUUUAUACUGUCUACCUACCAAUGAAACUCUACGGUCGUCCCCCUCAACAUUCAGGAGUGACGACCUGCAGCCCCUCAAAUUCUGCCAUACGCCCGGCCUUAAAGCGUCUUCUUUGCUCGAAAACUGAAAUGAUUAUACUGAAGAAGUGAAGAGUUUCUUACCCUCAACUGGUUGGAUCUUCCCGUUUGAUCAACAAAAUUUACCUCGUGCGAUCUGGUCUCAGAAGACGUGGUGAGGAAAGGCCUCCUCGUCCAUAAACAGUUUAUUGUGAAUAUUCUCCCGUUGGACAGCAGUCAAUUACUCAUAAUUAACAGUAGGGUGCCAGUAACUUAUAGGGAUUCAAGGCCGCAGAUACCAAGGGUUUUUAUGUGUACAAGAGGUCUUCACGACUUCGUUUGUUUCGGUCACAUAUAUGUUUUACUGUAAAAGAUUUCAAGUAGGCCGAAAGGAGACCUUGGCUCUCUGAUAUAUCAGAUUGGCGCAAUCGCAGGAGUUUUUGGAAAUAGGAUGACGUAUAAUCUCUUCCUUCAGUUCUGACUUUCGGUCCUUUUGAACGAAUGCUGUAUAAUAGAAUCGGAUGAAA